AAUUUAUCAUCUCUCUUUCUUCUCUGUUCAUCACCGUUCUUCUCUUUGCUUCACAAGCUCUCUCUCUCUGUUUCUUCUUCUUCUUCUUUACAACAAAUCAAGUGACACAACUAGAACCAUACGAGAGGAGGGAAAGAAAAGAUUAAAUUCGUGUUAUCCAGAUAAAAAAGUUAGACGUUGAAGACUCUGUUUCCUCAACUCUGUUCUUCCUAAACGUUACGAAACAGAGCUCUAUUAGCUAAAAGACAAGACAGAGAAAGUAAGUUCGUGGCUUUAAUGGAUUCAAACACUCACAAUCAUCUCUACGACUCGAAUCACAUACCUUCUUCCGGUUCCGGUCUUCUUCGCUUCCGAUCAGCUCCAAGCUCUGUUCUCGCCGCUUUCGUAGACGAGGACAACAACAAGAGUGGACUCGGCGGCUCCUCCGACAGGCUCCUUUCAAGAUUCGCCAGCUCUAACGGGUCGAAUGAAUUCGAGGCUAAGUCUCCUGUUUCGUUAACGAACACCUCUGUUUCAUACGCCGCCUCUCUUCCUCCUCCUCCGCAGCAGCAGCAGCCUGAGCCGUCGGGGUUUCUCGGUUUGCCGCCGCAUUAUCCGAGACAUAGUAAAGGGAUGAUGAACACGAUUGGUUUGGAUCAGUUUCUGAAUAAUCAUCACACCAAACCUGUUGAAUCAAGUCUUCUCCGGCAAAGCAGCUCUCCCGCCGGGAUGUUCACCAACCUAACCGCUCAAAACGGCUAUGGUUCAGUGAGGAGUUUGAUGGAUUACGUUGGUGAGGAAGAAGACCAAGCGAGUCCAUCUAGUUCCAAUGAGUUAAGACGCCAUAACAGUCUCUCUUCAAGGCCACCUUCUUCUCUGGGAAUGCUUUCUCAGAUACCUGAAAUUUCCCCUGAAAGUAGUUUUCAAUAUAGCCAUUGGAAUGAUCCGGCCAGCUUCAUUGAUAACUUUUCCUCUCUCAAAAGAGAAACAGAGGAUGAUGACGGCAAAUUGUUUCAGAACGGAGAGUCUGGGAAUCGAAUGCAGUUACUGUCGCAUCAUUUGAGUCUACCAAAGUCAUUAUCUACAGCCUCGGACAUGGUUUCAGUGGAUAAGUAUAUGCAGCUACAAGACUCUGUGCCUUGUAAGAUUAGAGCCAAACGUGGUUGCGCCACACAUCCUCGAAGCAUUGCUGAACGGGUGAGAAGAACGAAGAUAAGCGAACGAAUGAGAAAACUACAAGAGCUUGUUCCUAAUAUGGACAAGCAAACGAACACUGCGGAUAUGUUGGAUUUAGCUGUGGAUUACAUCAAAGAUUUACAAAGACAGUAUAAGAUUUUAAAUGAGAACAGAGCUAACUGCAAGUGUAUGCACAAGGAGAAGAAUUUGAUUUAGCUCGCAACAAAGUGUUUGUAUAUAGAACUAAAGAAAGCAAGAGAGGAAGGAUAAGAAAGAAACGAUGUCAAUGUUUGAAUAUUUUUGUAGCUGAAACAUACCAAGUUGUCUUAUGUAAGCUCCUACAAAAAUGCUUAUGCUUUUAACAAUGCUAAGCAAUAAUAUAUGAAUCCAAGCAUUUUUCUUUCUU